GAGUGGCCUCCAUUGUGUUAGCAAGGUUCCAGCCGCCUCUUGCACCGCACCCAGCAGCAGCAGAGGAGACAACGGUAAGCAAUCAGAUGGGGGAAGUCCCGCCCCUGCCGACCCUUCAGCCACCAGUCCCGCCACCGGACCCGGCCCCCCCGGACCUAGACGAGGACACACCACUGGAUCUUGUGAGAAGAAGGAAAUUAAGGCAUCUGAUGGAGAUGGGCCAGGACACGGGACCGCUGUCGCAAGAGGCGAUGCUGCUACUCCCGGUCCGAAAGAAAAACGGGAAAUGGGAGGUUGGCCUGACACCGGUUGAUAAUGGCAAAAUGAAAGGAGUCACACUGCAAGACUACAAAUGGCAGAUCCUAUCUAGCCUAGACUACAAUGCCGCUGAUGACAACAACAACUCCCCGAAGUACGAGCAGAUCUCGGACAAUGCCGCACGCUUCAAGCACCAGGACGACGAGGACGAGGCGUGGAUGCGAUGUCGUGGCGUCGAUGACGUGGCACAGCGGUCGGCGGCGUUGUCGAUGAUGUGGCACAAUGGCGGCGACGAGGAGGAGCUUCUUGCUCCGAUACCACGAGCAGGCGUAAAUAAUCCUGUUAUGCUGUUGGAUGAGAUUGACAAGACGGGUGUGGAUGCUCGUGGAGAUCCUGCAGCAGCUCUGCUUGAAGUCCUUGAUCCUGAGCAGAACCGAGCCUUCAAUGAUCACUAUUUGGGCGUGCCAUUCGACCUCUCCAAGGUAGUGUUUGUGGCAACCGCCAAUCGCUCUUCGCCAAUCCCACCUGCAUUACGUGAUCGCAUGGAAAUGAUUGAGAUUCCUGGGUACACACCUGAGGAGAAGCGAAGAAUCGCUAUGCAGCAUCUGAUACCACGAUCCUUGGAACAACAUGGCAUAAGUCCGUGGCAGUUGCAAAUACCCGAGGAAACGGUUGAGAUAUUGAUUUCGCGCUAUACACGAGAAGCUGGUGUGCGUAAUCUGGAUCGUCAUCUGGCGGCGCUUUGCCGUGCAGAAGCAGUGCGUGUGGCAGAGGCACGGACAAGAAUGCAGCAGAUGGAGAAAGAUAUUCAGCCUUCUACAGCAGCACUUAUGCAGGGAGUGGUUGGGGGUGUGGGUGGCGGAGGGGAUAUGGAACUGGAAGUGGAUGCAGCUGCAAUGGCCUCUGGAUUACAAGGGAAAAAUGCGGCUGCAACAGUGUCGAUUUGCAUUGAACCGAUUGUGGUAGAUGAGGCCUUACUUGAGAUCGUUCUCGGGCCACCAAAGUUCGAUGGAACAGAAGCUGCAGAAAGAGUCUCAACCCCUGGUGUAGCAGUGGGGCUUGUGUGGACUGCUGUUGGCGGGGAGGUCCAGUUUGUUGAAGCCUCGACAAUGAGUGGAAAGGGCGAACUGCAGCUCACCGGCCAGCUCGGGGACGUGAUCAAGGAGUCUGCACAGAUUGCAUUGACGUGGGUCAGAGCACGUGUGGUUGAGCUCUCUCUCAUGGUCGGAGCUGGGGAUAAUCUGAUGGAUGGACGAGAUGUCCACAUCCAUUUCCCCGCGGGUGCUGUGCCCAAAGAUGGCCCAUCUGCUGGAGUCACUCUCAUAACUGCACUGGUGUCACUGCUAAGCAAGCGAAGUGCUCGAGCUGAUACAGCAAUGACCGGAGAGGUCACACUUCGGGGGCUUGUCUUACCUGUUGGAGGGGUUAAGGAAAAGGUUCUUGCUGCUCAUCGAUAUGGCAUAAAGCGGGUGAUACUUCCUCAUCGCAAUGUCAAGGACUUGCAGGAUGUUCCUGCGGAGAUUGUUGCACAAAUGGAGGUACUACCUGUGAAGAAUGUUGAGGAGGCUCUCCAUCAUGCGUUUGAGGGUGGCUGUCCAGUUCUUCCAAGGAGCAAGCUCUAGCAGACUUCUUGGGAAGGGUCAGAGAGCUAGCUGAAAACAGCCAUUGCCACUCAUGGUCCCUACAGAUUGUGCUGCCGUCAUUUUAAGUCUUCCACUGUCCUCCAUAUCAUCUCUUCCCUCGCUCCUGCCUUGCUCCCGCCAUCCCUGUAUCCCUUCUCGUCUGUCUCUUGUGCACUCGGCCGCCCAUGCAUAUGUGUGCACAUGCACUUAAAGGGUCAGCGAGCUAGCUGUAAACAGCCAUCGCCACGCAUGGUCCCUACAGAUUCUACUGCCUUCAUUUUAUGUCUUCCACUCUCCUCCAUGUCAUCUCUUCCCUCGCUCCUGCCUUGCUCCCGCAAUCCCUUUCUUCCUCUUGUGCACUCGGCCGCCCAUGCAUACGUGUGCACAUGCACUUGAUUCCUAUUGAAGUGUUCAACCCUACAGGGGAGGGAAGCUAAUCGCACGCGAGCGGACAGAGAGGGGAUCUGCAAACAGUGGUUAACAACAUGUGAUCUGAAUCAUUAGAGUCUUAUUGAAGACAUGGUGAGAGUGGCUGCAGUCUGCUGAGCAACCCAAGACCUGGUAUCUGCUCUUUGCACACAAGAGAUCAAGAUUUGGUGUUUCACAAGCACAAGCACAAUCACAAUCACAAUCACAAGCACAAGCACAAGCACAAGCACAAACAAUCAGAAACAUCUAUGCAAAUGAAAUGCAGAGGCAAGUUAGGGAAGGGGGAGGAUCCCUGGUCCUAAUCCUUGUUCUUAAUCAUAUUCCAACUUCCAAGGAACGAGCUAUGCGUGGCUCGGAAAGGGUGGAGUGUGUGUUUGCAACUAGCCGGACAGUUAAAGAACUUGAAAGGACUUUUAGAGGAGUGGGCUGGAAUGGGGUAGCGCAAAGUAUAUGGUUUGCAUGAAGGCACCAUGGCAUUGCUGACAUGCAAGAACUGAGAUAGAAAUCGAUAGAAAGACAUACCUGACUGCUGGUAGAAGUAUUUCUUUCAGCAAUACACAUGGUAGGCUUAGUGACAUGUAAUCUAUUCAUUCGUUCCCUUUUCUGUCUUGACACAGAAACGUCAUUGUUGAUGGAAGUCUUUCCAUCAACUGUAGUAAUUAGUGGUGUACUCUAUGUAGGAAGCUUAUGUGUUGAUGGAAGUAUUUCUGUCAGCAAUAUCGAAUGAUUUGUGGUAGAUACUCCUUUCUUACCCUCAUACCUAUUGCCAUCUAUAGCUCUAGGAUGUGUGGGGGGGGGAGAGAGUGAAGGAUUCACUGACAGUUCAAGUCAGUCAGUAUGUGUCUGGGAGAGAUACAUGUGUGUGUGCAAGUCUGUGUUGGGUGUGUGAGGUAGCUUUGGGAUUGCAGUUCUUGUGGAACAAGCAUGCGUGUAUGCGCGUGGUGACUGUGGUUGCAUAUGUAUUUGCUGGGAACCUACACACACACACACACACACACACACACACACACACACAGAGAGAGAGAGAGAGAGAGAGAGAGAGAGAGAGAGAGAGAGAGAGAGAGAGAGAGAGAGAGAUUUGUGCUUUGAAAGGAAGUGGAAGAGGAGGAAAGUCUGCAGUCUAUUGCACGAAAGAGACAUCUUUGCUUCCCUGCUGGCUUGCUGGCUUGGGACAUUGUAUGGGAGAGUUUGUGCAUUUGGGACCGAUGUCGGUUGUGGCCGUCUUGGGACCAGCUGAACCUUGAGUUCUCACUACAUAAGCAGUGGUCUAUAUUAGUGCCAUGCCGCCAGGUUCUACAAGGGAGAACAAGACUUUGUUCCUUACCUGGGACAUUGCAUGGGAGCGUUUGUGGCUUAGGGUUUGUGGCUUGGGGACUGUUGGCAGUGUGAUCCUCUGAAUUCUGAUUUUGUAGAAGUGGUGUGGGCUGCAGCAGUUCUGGAACAGAAAGAAGGGGCCAAGAGCCAACUGUAUUGGUUGUAUGUAUCGUCAUGCACACACACGGUUAACUGUGAGCGCUUUGAUAUUCU